CCUUUCCAAUCGGUGCUGAAUGAGCGGAUGAAACAUGGCGGUGGACGGAUGGAAAUACUAAUGACAGUCGGGAAACUCGCUUCCAUUUGUACCAUGGGCAUCAAUGCCUCUGCUUUAGAAAAAGAAAUUGGACCAGAACAGUUUCCAGUCAAUGAACAUUAUUUUGGCUUAGUCAAUUUUGGAAAUACCUGCUACUGUAAUUCAGUCCUUCAAGCACUUUAUUUUUGCCGGCCAUUUCGAGAAAAAGUUCUAGCCUACAAGAAUCAGCCCAGGAGAAAGGAAAACUUGCUUACAUGUUUGGCGGAUCUCUUCCACAAUAUAGCUACACAAAAGAAGAAAGUUGGUGUAAUACCUCCCAAAAAGUUUAUAACAAGACUACGGAAAGAAAAUGAACUUUUUGAUAAUUACAUGCAACAAGAUGCUCAUGAGUUUCUGAAUUACCUGCUAAACACCAUUGCUGAUAUCCUGCAGGAAGAGAAAAAGCAGGAAAAACAGAAUGGACAGCUACAUAAUGGCUGUAUCAGUGAUGACAAUGGCAAUGGUAAUGACGUACCAGAACCAACUUGGGUGCAUGAAAUGUUUCAAGGAACAUUGACUAAUGAAACCCGAUGUCUCAACUGUGAAACUGUGAGUAGCAAAGAUGAAGACUUUUUGGACCUUUCUGUUGAUGUGGAGCAGAACACUUCAAUUACACAUUGUUUGAGGGGCUUUAGUAAUACAGAGACGCUGUGUAGUGAAUAUAAAUAUUACUGUGAAGUGUGCUGCAGUAAACAAGAAGCUCAGAAAAGGAUGAAAGUAAAGAAACUGCCGAUGAUUUUAGCUCUUCACUUGAAGAGAUUCAAAUAUAUGGAUCAGUUGCAUCGAUACACAAAGCUAUCCUACAGAGUAGUUUUUCCACUAGAACUUCGCCUAUUCAACACAUCCGGAGAUGCCACCAACCCAGACAGAAUGUAUGACCUAGUUGCUGUGGUGGUACACUGCGGAAGUGGUCCUAACCGAGGGCACUACAUUGCAAUAGUGAAGAGCCAUGACUUUUGGUUGUUGUUUGAUGAUGAUAUAGUAGAGAAAAUAGAUGCACAAGCCAUCGAAGAGUUCUAUGGAUUGACGUCGGAUAUCUCAAAGAAUUCGGAGUCUGGUUAUAUCCUUUUCUACCAGUCCAGAGAUUAAAUGAAUGUGGAGUGCAGCAGAACAGUUCCAACUCAUUCACUUCCCAAUGUUCACCCUUGCAGAAACAAGGCACUGAGAUCAUGCAAAAGAGAGAGGAUGGGAGGGCUUUUCAGUCUUGUUACAAAGCUUGGGGCACACUAGGGUAAUACUGAUUUAAAUGGAAAACAGAACUAUCCAUGUAACAAAAACAGUUUUACUCAUUGUGAAAGCACAUUGAAAUAAAGCUGUAGCAGAUAUACACAAGGGAUGCUGUGUAAGUGGCACUGAACUUACACAACAAAUUCAGUUCUAGAGCUCAAAUUGACAUGUGAGAAAAUGAUGAAUGCUACAUGCAUAUGCAUGAAACCAAAGUGAGCUGAUGUUCAAUCGGAUUGAUCUCUCCCUAGCAACAUCCUGUUGACUUUUUAUUUUGUGUAAUUUUUACAUUCUCAAGUUUGGGAUCUACUGGGAUUAGAUUUUUUCUUUAAAUGACCAAAAACCAUGAGAGUUGACAUUAACAAAUCUGAGCAAAAUUUCCCACCAAAGCUGAAAAUUACAUUGUGGAUUAUGUAAGGUGGCUACACCUCUUUAAAAACUUACUUGACUGACAUCUAGCCUUGCAAUUUGUGUCAACUUUCAAAUUCCAAAAAUAAGUGCAUAAUAUUCCAGCAGACAUAGUGUCAAUUUGUGUCAAGUUCAAGCUUUUUUUUUGUUUUCCUGUCUGUUCACACAUUGGCACUGCAUUUACACACCAUCUAUUACUGAUUGCUGGAUAGUUAUCAAAUGUGCAAGAUGCAUCAACUUAAAUAUUAAAGGUAGGAGCAAAGGCAGGUGGAGUUUAAGGCCUUGUAAAUACAAUUUGCUAAUGUUAAAUAAUUAAAUACAUUUUGUAAAGUAUUUUUGUUAUACUAGAGAAAGUGUAAAAUUGCAAUGUUAUAACAGUAAUUCCAAUUUUUUGACUCGAUGCCGAUAGAAUAUCAUGAAGUAAAUAGAGCAUAUUUUAAAUGUAUCACUAAAGUGAAAUACUUAACUGUCUGCCAUAUUGGAAUCUGCACUAAUUAUUUUCUGUUGUAAAUAGUAUGUAGAUAUUUUGAUUCCAUGUUUAAGAUUCAUUCAUUUCUUUAAACCAUUUCAAUUUCUAUGAAUCUUUGGUCACUAUUAUGUACAGUAUAAUUAUUUUCUUUGGAGCAUCUUGGAAUUUUCCUGCAUUGGUUGUUUGCAACUUGAUCCAAUACACUUCAAUAUAGCCAUUGACGUGAAACGAUUAAUUGCCUGCAAAAUAUGGUCUGUUUCCCCAUGCACUUAGAUGAGCUCUCUGUCAAAGAUGAAUGUAUUAUCUUGAACCCCUAAUUAGAAACCAAAUGUGUGUUCAGAUUUGUUUUGCAUAUCUGUGUAUGGGAAUGAAAGUACACAGUUCAUAUGGUAGCCAUAAAUUUGUAGUUUUAUGUAAAAAAAAAUCCUCUCAUCCCAUAUUAGUUUAAAAUCUGAUCAUGAAUUUGAAUCACACUGAUAUAAUUUUAUGAAUCCUUGCUUUCCUCCUUGAAGUGCACACCAGUUCAUGCCUUUGAUAUAUGGUUUGACAGUCUGAAUGAUUAGUCCUGGUUUAAAACAGCGUCAAUAUGUAAAUAGGAGGUAGACUGAUUACAGUUCACAUUCAAUAGAAUCUGAGCAAUUAUGCCUGCUGGUGAAGGACAUAGUAGACUGGCAAGAUCAAUUGUAAAGUGGCCUGCCUAAACUUUAAAGUAGAAUUUAAGACCAGAAUCACUGUUCUGAAUAAACCAGGUGGAGAAUUUUACCACCUUUCUCUUGUACAGUACUUAAUAUCAAAACUUUGAAAUCCUGUGAAGAAUGUCUUUCUGCUGCUAAACUGAACUUUAAUUCAUCUGAGAACAUUCUGUAGCUUUUACAAUAAUGCUUUUGACUUGUUGGCUCAGGAAAUGCUGUGGUCUUAACAUUUGAUCCCAUUUAAUCCUUAGCAUUCACAUUUAGAUUUUUUUUAAAGAGCAUUGUCAUGUUGUUAGGAAGAGGGUGAAAGUUCUUGGGGAAAGCAGUUCAGACUAUUGCUUCUAAGUAGGUAGACAUGCCCAAAAUAUUUUUAAAUAGUUUUUUUUUAAAUUGAAACCUGUUGGGUUUCCCUGUAUUGCUUUCAUCAAUUCACGUGUAUUUCUGACAUUGCAACUUACUUUGGGAUUCAAGAAUAGAGAAGCCAUGUAUGUUCAGUUCAAUUUUUUUGCCUUCUUCUUCCACCUCCCCAUUUUCAUAAUUAGCAGGUUAUCAGCUUAACAGUUGCUAUAUAUAUAGUUUAAAAAGUGCUCAAAUCAUGAUUUAAAAUCAAUGGUCAAUUGAGGUAUUGUUAGAAUAUUGUAGCAUUAUGCAAUGUUCCUGUGUUAUGCUUGGGAUUUGUAAAAUAAAAUAGUUACUGGGUAUGGUUAUUAAUGAACAUUAAGAAUUGGUUUGGCUAUUGUGCAGCAAAAAUUGUGCAUAGUUUGAUAACUUUGGACAUUUUAAGUGGUAUAAAAUUGCAUUUUAGCCAUCACAAAUCUGUGAUUGUGGGAGGGGUGAGGAAGUAACCAGUAAAUAAUUAAAUAAUGGAUCUGAUUUAUGUCUUUGUCAAGAGGUUCUUUGGAACACAGCAGCUGAAUAUUUUGUAUAUUGGGUUAGAAAUUUCUACAGAAAAAAGUAUGUUCUUUGAUAGCAUCAUAUUGUAUGUAUGUGUAUAUAUAUAUUGAAAAUUACUCUAAAUUAUAAAUUGCACUUUUGAUACUGA